ACGUUUGGAAGCAGCCGAGAUUUUAUAGGAUGAAGAACAGCUUCGUCUGGAAACAGUCAAGCAGCAGCAAAAACAUGGUUUUAUUAACCAAAAGCCAGCAGUUUUCUGUUUCUAACCACCAGAAGAUCAUAUUUGGAGGCAGUUUGUGUUUUUAAACUAACAGACGAUGAAGUUUGGAGGUAGUUUGUGCAUCCUGAACGUUGGCGGUCGCAGGUUUUCCUUCUCGGCCGAGCUGAUGAAGCGACUCCCUCUGAGCAGACUGAGCCGGCUGCAUCGCUGCGUGUCGGAGAGCGAGUUGCUGGAGCUCUGCGACGACUACGAUCGCGACAGGAACGAGUUUUUCUUUGACCGGCACUCGGAGGCGUUCAGCUUCAUCAUGCUGUACGUGCAGCACGGGAAGCUGCGCUUCGUGCCGCACAUGUGUGAACUGUCCUUCUAUAACGAGAUGCUGUACUGGGGCCUGGAGAGCUCCGACCUGCAGCUGUGCUGCCAGCGCCGGCUGGACGACCGCAUGUCCGACUGCUUCGUCCAUUUCUUCCCCGAGGAGGAGCCGCAGCGCCCCGAGGAGCCCCGGGGCCGCUGGCUGGAGAAGAUGAGGAGGACGUUCGAGGAGCCCACGUCCUCAGUGGCAGCGCAGAUCCUGGCAUCAUUGUCGGUGCUGUUCGUCCUCGUCUCCAUGGUGAUGCUGUGUGCCAGCACCUUACCGGACUGGAAGGCUGCCGAGACCCUGGACCAGCACAGGAUCAUCGAGGCGGUGUGUAUUGGUUGGUUCACUGCUGAGUGUAUCGUCCGUUUCAUUGUGUCUCGGGACAAAUGUGAAUUUGUCCGUCGUCCUUUGAACAUCAUCGACCUGCUGGCCAUCACGCCGUACUACGUCUCCGUUACUGUGACGAUCCUGACGGGGGAGAACUCCCAGCUGCAGCGGGCUGGCGUCACACUGCGCGUGCUGCGCAUCAUGCGGAUCUUCUGGGUGAUCAAGCUGGCGCGUCACUUCCUGGGGCUGCAGACACUCGGCCUGACGCUGCGCCGCUGCUACCGUGAGAUGGUGAUGCUGCUGGUCUUCAUCUGUGUCGCCAUGGCGAUCUUCAGCGCACUGGCCCAGCUGCUUGAGCACGGCCUCGACCUGGAGGCCAGCAACCAGGACUACGCCAGCAUCCCCGCCGCCUGCUGGUGGGUCAUCAUCUCCAUGACGACGGUGGGCUACGGGGACAUGUAUCCGGUGACGGUGGCGGGACGCGUGCUGGGUGGGAUCUGCGUGGUGAGCGGCAUCGUACUGCUGGCGCUGCCCAUCACCUUCAUCUACCACAGCUUCAUCCAGUGCUACCACGAGCUGAAGAUCCGGUCCACCCGCUGCACCCGCCCUCUUUCGCCCGAGUUCAUCAGCUGAUGGUAGCGGCGGCCAGGUGACAGCGUCACCGGCCAGGUGACAGCAGUGAUGGUCGGAUGACCUCUGCACUAACCAGGAGGAUGCAGCGCUGCGGACGCCUUAUAAUCACCUACAAGUACAAAAUGUUUCAUCAGGUCCUUUCAAACCUUUUCACAGCUUUAAUACCUGUUGAAACGCUGCCUCACCUGUUUCUCAGUUUUUCCAUCCAUCCCAUAAUACCAUCAUAGUGAUGCUGUAUUGCAGAGGUCAGCUGAUUUUCACACAGUGAGUUUAGUUUAGUUGUGUAACGUCUCAGCAGAUUCAUCGUAACUCACAGAAACCUUUGUACUGAUUGACAAACAGACACUUUGUGUGCAAAGACUGAAACUCUUUUAUAAAAGAAGGAAACUGAAGCUCUGAUCUGUUGUCUCAGAGCAGAUUGAUCAUCAUUAUUUCCUCUUCACGUCUGUAAUGAUGCGACUGUGAGCUUCAGGAGUUAAUCCGCCAGUCUGUGCUGUAACUGGAUCUGUUGGACGGGCUGGACGCUGUCCACGGUUUCCACGGUGACGGCAGAGUCAGAGACGGGAAGUUGAAGUGGUGGAAACAUUUUGAAUGUCGGGUUCAUCGAGCUGUUGAAGCGUGAAUGUCGAUUAUCUCGCUCUUCUUCUCCUUUGUCACAUCCUGCCAGGACUUUCUGUGUCUGGAUUUCUAGAUUAGUUCCUGUUUUAUUUUGAAAUGUUUUCUCCUUUUGUCUUGUUACCUUUUACUUCCUGUGUUUUCCCGCCUUUUUUGAUUACCUCGUGUUUCACCAGUGAGUCGUCUGCUUAUCUGCUCAGUGUUGCUUGUUCCUGUGUCUCAGUCUUCUGAGUUAUUCAGUAGAUGUUCUGCCUGCCGUCUUC